AUGGCACUGGUGCCCACCGAAAGUUCGUUUCUAUCUUCCUUGAAUGUUGACAGAAAGCGAGCACUGGACAGACAGAAAAAGCGAGAGGAGCUUCUGGUAGAUACAGAAGGGGGAACCAAGAUUCUUGGACUUCACCAGGAUCUGCAGGCCCUUGUGGAUGUGCUCGAUGAACGCGUUGAAAGUAAGCUCAGCGCGAACGAAAAGGCAUACUUCGUGGCUUACAAGAGCUUCAUGUUCACUGUCCAAAAGGAGUACAAGGAACUGAAGCAGAAGGCAGAUGAGGAGGAGACAAAAACGAGGAGGGAUGCAAAGAUCCAGUCCCUGGAAAAGGAGCUUGACUGGUUCAUGAACGAGGCUUUGCGCUUGGAUGAGCUGGUCAAGAAAUACAAGAAGGAGCUGGACAAGUGGAAGGGCAAAGCAGAGGCGUUGGAGGACGAUCGGCAGUUUCUGGAGAACCAGAUCAAGCAAGCCAAGAGGCCGAGCUGGACACUGCAUCAGCCACGACUCUUCUAUUAG